AAUAUAUACAAUAUGUAGAUCGUCAUUUAUUCUUGCCAUCAUCAGACAAGCAUUAGUUUUUGUAGACUAAUUAACUUUCGAAUAGAGAUGGGUGUAUUCCCUGGAUUUGGUGGCUGGAUCAAUCAGAAUAUUCAAGAGCCCCUUAAGACGACGUCCAAGAGAUCUAAGAAUGGUAAAUCUAGUUCAGUUUCAGAAGAAGAUAGGUAUAUUCAGGGACCAUGGUAUUGGGAUCCUGAUUUAACCCCUAAAGAAAAGGCCGAAUCCUUGGAAAUAGACCAUGUUAGAUCUAUGCCACUGCUUGCUACCGAUCCUAAGUACUAUGACUUGGAUGAACUGGUGAGGCAAAACAAUCUUUGGAAUUCUGAAUAUAAAAAACAUCCAUGGAACGAUGCACCUGCUAAGGUGAAGGUGAAAACAAAAAACGGCAUUUGCCAUUUAAACAUAGAUUUCACAUUGGGAUCUCCUCCUCAAGCCGUCUUCGAGUUGUUCACUGAUCCAAGAAAUAUGGGAUCUUUCCAUUCAAUGGGCAAGUACAAGAACAAUUGGCGCACACGUUUGGACACAUUAGCAACAAAGGUUUUAAAGAAGGAUGGACCAAGGCAGAUAACGGAAGUGGAAAAGGUUUUGAGAUGGAAGAUACUUGGGUAUAAUGGGACUAUCCCAAUACAUCUAAUCAUCGAUGAAAACCAUCAAAAAGUUACAGCAACAUAUAAGAAAGUGAAAGUGAUGCACAUGAAAGUGUUUGAGGGUAGCUGGAAAAUAGAGCCACUGUACGUAGAUCAGAAACGGUUGUGCAAAUCUAGGUCCCCGAUUAGUGAAGAAGAGUACAAAAAAUGUAGCGGCAGCAAGGGAAGGAUUGGGUCAAAGGUGACAAUGGAGCAUAUAUUUCAGCCAUCUUCGCUUCUUAAUGUGCCACCGGUUUCUUGGUUCAUCCGUGGUAUUGCCGUCAAAGUCACCAAGGCUUUGCUCCAAGAUCUUAGAGAACAUGUAAUCACGAUGAACAAAAUGAAGACGGUAGACCCGCUGGUGUAUGCUAAAGUAGUAGAAGAAGUCAAAAAAAAAAUAGAAGCCGAAAAAGAAUCUGAACUAAAAGAAUUGGAGUAUUAAAUGUUUGGACUAUCUCCAAUGAUAAUAAUCAAUAUAUAGCCAUCCAACUCACUAAAAAUAAUAGACCAAUCAGAAUACAAUUUAGUUAAGGGAUAAUUUGUCAAUUUGAAAAGAAAAUUAAGUGCAGAACAUUGAUUUUGACAUAAUUCAAUCCAUAAUAAUUAUGUUAAGUUUUAUCCAGUACUAUUUUUCAAGAUGCCAGUAAUAGAGAUAAAUUU